AUGGCCAGGGCGACUCCAGUCAUCAUCGGAGUCGGAGACGUAAUUAAUCGGUCGCGAAAGGUGGAAGAUGCGAUCGAGCCUUUGGAGCUCAUCCGGCAGUCAAUCGAAACCGCGAUCAAAGACGCCAAUGUACCAAAGGCAGUUGAAGCCAAACUGCGAGCGUCGAUUGACAGCUUGGAUGUCGUCCGCACCUGGACGUGGCCGUAUGAGGACUUACCGAGUGACAUUGCGAAAGCAGUGAACAUCAAACCAAGCCACACGUUCUACAGCCAGCAUUCAGGAAAAGAAGUAGCGAGGCUAUGCGAUGCAGCGGCCCGCAGGAUCUCAUUUGGAGAAAUCAAGGCCGCUAUAGUAACGGGAGGCGAAGCCCUGGCAUCUCUUGCUGCGUGCGCGGCAGCCAAAAAGCUACCCCCUCCGGGUUGGACGAAACUUAACCAAAAAGUCGACUCUGUAUUUUCCCCUACCGAAACUGAAUUGAAAAGCAAGGCCGGCACCCUUGCCUCGACAUAUGCAAUCGGGGCGCCAAUUCAGGUCUACCCGCUUUACGAGAACGCGUUCAGAGCUCAUCGGGGCCAAUCUGUUCAAGAGAACCACAAAGAAUCAGCCCGGCUAUACGCAGAAUUUGCUCAAGUUGCAAAGGGCAAUCCAUUGGCUUGGAAUUAUGGGAAGGCAGAAAGCGAAGAAACUAUUGGGACGGUAACAAAACGGAAUCGAAUGAUCUGUUUUCCCUAUCCUCUUCUGAUGAAUGCGUUCAACACGGUCAACCUCGCCGGGGCAUGUCUGCUAACAUCCGCUGAGUUCGCCAAAGAGCUGGGCAUUCCUGCCGACCGUUGGAUCUAUCUCUUGGGAGGUGCCGGGACCCAAGACAGUACCGAUUUCUGGGAUCGCCCCAACUUCUACUCGAGCCCAUCCAUCUCGUUGGCGCUGGAUGCAGGCCUGGAGGCCUCCGGGCUUAAGAAGGAAGACAUCGACUUUUACGACUUUUAUUCUUGCUUUCCUAUUGUGCCAAAACUCGCCGCUCAUCAUCUUGGAUUACCUAUAACAAAGUCACCGAAGCCGAUUACCCUGCUCGGAGGACUAACAUCAUUCGGUGGAGCGGGCAAUAACUACUCGAUGCACGCAAUAACCGAGAUGGUUAGAAAACUGAGAAGAGGCGAUGGAACGUACGGUGCAGUCCUAGCCAACGGUGGCGUGGUCACCUACGAGCAAGUCCUCUGCCUUUCUUCACGACCCAGAAAGCACGGUCCAUACCCCGACAAAAAUCCACUUCCGUCGGUAAUACCCGCGAUUCCUGCGCCGACUGUGGUCGUCGACGCGGAGGGUGAAGCAGUUGUUGAGACAUACACCGUGGACUUCAGUAGGGAUGGUGCUCCUAUCCGAGGACACAUAAUCGGCCGGUUGAAGAGCAAUAAUCACCGCUUCCUAGCGCACCAUGGAGACCCUUCAACUCUACAGCAGCUUGCCAGUUGGGCUGUUGUUCUCGACUUGUUAAUCAUGGAGCAGAUGCUGGUUGGAGCUGCAGCCACUGGCCUUCUGGGCCUGUAUCUCAAUGCGAAGACGCAGCUGUCAGAGGAUCUACGACUGUUGACUGCGACUAAUAAGGUGGCGGGAGAAAUGGCAAAGGCCGAAAAAUCGGGUAAGAUGUCACUGUUUCACGUCCUGGAAGACAAUGUGCGCCGGACGCCUUCAGCACCAUUCCUCUUCUACGCGGAAAACGGCCAUUGUGAGACGUAUCGAGAAACUUACAACAGCGUUUGUCGCAUGGCAUCAUUCUUCGUCUCGAAAGGAGUGCGGUCCCGAGAUAUAGUGGCAGUUGCCUGUACGAAUAAGCCGACAUUCAUCCAUAUCUGGCUGUCUCUCAAUGCACUAGGUGCUGCGCCCGCCUUUGUCAAUUAUAAUCUCAACGGUGAUCCGUUGCUGCACUGUCUGAAAGUUAGCAAUGCCAGCUUGUUCAUCGUCGACGAUGAGCUGGUCCACAACGUCCACCCCUCCAAGGACAAGAUCGAUGCGAUGGGGUUUGAGACUGUCAUUUUUGAUGACCAACGGUUGGAUGCAAUUGGGGAUCUGGAGUGUGUACGCCCUGAUUGCGACAAUUUGAAGAACAACCUCGCGACGACCUCGUGCAUAUUUUAUACAAGUGGAACUACUGGCUUCCCGAAGCCUGCUCCCUUCGCCCUGUGGCGAUGGUACGGAGCCGGGAUCGCGACUGGGAGAUACCUACAUGUGACCCCCAACGAUCGAUUCUACACAUGCAUGCCUCUCUAUCAUGGUACCGGAAGCUCUUGCUUCAUUAUGUGCAUCUUUCAAGGAGCUUGCUUUUGUCUAGGACACAAAUUUUCCGUCUCGCGCUUCUGGGAGGAGGUGCGCAGCUCCAGGGCCACUCUCAUAAAUUACGUCGGAGAGACAUUGCGCUAUUUAUUGACUGCUCCCCCAUCUGCAAAAGAUAAGGACAAUUUUGUGCAUAGUGCCUACGGCAAUGGCUUGCGGCCUGACGUGUGGGAGGCUUUCCGCGACAGAUUCGGAAUCCCAACCAUUCUCGAAUUCUAUGGGGCAUCAGAAGCAACGGCAACCAUGUUGAAUUACAACCGAGGAUCCCUCGGAGUCGGCUCCGUUGGCCGAUACGGGCUGCUCCAGCGCUUUCUAACACGCAAGGACUUACUGGCGAUCCGCGUCGACAAUGCAACUGAACAAGAGAUUCGGAACCCAAAGACGGGACUUUGCGAGGUCGUUGGUGCGGACGAGCCGGGCGAACUCUUGAUGAGAAUCCCAGACCCCAUCCUGUUUUCAGGCUACUACAACGAUCCAGCCGCGUCGAAGAAGAAGACCAUUGCAAAUGUGUUGAGAAAGGGCGAUUUGUACUUCCGCAGCGGGGAUCUCAUGAGGUUCGACAGCGAUGGCUGGUGGUACUUUGUUGAUCGCUUGGGAGAUACCUUUCGAUGGAGGUCUGAGAACGUGAGCACAACGGAAGUCGCCGGUGCGCUCUCUCACUACCCUGCUAUCGUCGAUGUCGCCGUCUACGGGGUCAGUCUGCCGAAGCACGACGGUCGAGCGGGCUGCGCCGCUAUCGUAACCGACACCAAUGCCGCGUUGGACAUGGCCGCCCUGGCCCACUUCGCCAAACAGUCACUCCCCAAAUACGCGGUCCCCUUGUUUGUGAGGCUCAUGCAGGAACUGCCCAAGACGGAGAACAACAAGCAGGUCAAGGUGCAUUUGAAGAAGGAAGGGGUCGAGCCCGGGAAAGUCAAUCAAUUGCAUCCGAUAUAUUGGUUGAAAGGCGGAGUCACAGCAGGGAACGAGUACGUCCGAUUCACGGAGCAAGACUGGAGAGACUUGGAAAGUGGCAGAGUGAAACUUUGAGGCGAGACAACGCUCAAAAGGGUGUCUUCAAUGGUGAAAUGUUUCAGGAAAGCACCGAAAGGUUAUGGGAAUGUGGAUCUAGAAUAGA